UGAUGCGAUUGUCUAAUCGUAUCAACCCUAGUCCCAUGUACGAGUACAUGGUACGGUAGCACCAGGCUCUGCAUCCGCAGAGUGAGGUCCGCUCUCAGACCGACAGUGCUCGUGCUUGUUACGGGGCUCACGCCAGGACACGCACAUGGUAUCCGUCGUAAGAAGGGUCCGUGGAUGUCAGGCCAUGCCCAAUGCCCAACAAAGGGACAGACAGAGACAGAUAGCUAGAUGGAGGGAAGGCGAGAAAGCGGUGGACGAGAGUCAAAAGGGAACGACAAGAGCUCUGGAAGAGCCAAGCAAGCGCCGUCAGCACUCUGGGAUUUGUGGCCGGAAGCCCCGUCUGCCCGUUGUCCGUCCGUCCCCUGUCGACAAGUCCAGGUGGGCCGUAACUCUUGCUAACGACCAUCGACCAUCACCACUUCACCUUGGCUCCAUCGAAUCCUGGUGCAACGCUGAUCCACCCACGCCGCGCUGGCACACCCCUCUGACCCUUGUUCGCGGCCAGGCCCUGCGUUGGACGCCCAGCUCCACCCCAAAUCGCAAGUCUGUACUCGUACGUGCUUGGUCUCGCAACAAGUACCGUCCGCGCGCCAUGGGCCUUUUUUGCUGCGGAACUCCUUCGCACCAUUCGGGAGACAGCUUGUCUGCAAGCCUGCAAGCAGUGCGCGCCCAACUGUGGAGCCGGCGCCGUGGCGGAAGAGACCUGCAGAUGCUGGCAGGAAGAAGGUUCGUCGAUUGCUGCAGCGUUUAGGCCUCUACGGGCGAAGGAUGGCAGGAUAUCGCCCCUAGCCAGAAGCUGACCUGAGGGCGGCGAGAGAGGGCGAAAGAGGGACAAGCAGAGAGAGAGAGAGGUUGGGGAAGAGAGGAGAGGGGCUCCU